AGGAAGUCCCAGCCGCAGAUGAAGCCUUUGGGCAGAGGAAUGGGCGGGAUGUGUGCCAGGGCAGCCUGGGCGGCUGUGCCGGGCUUUGCAGUGUAAAGCAGCGCGGCUCAGCUCGAUGGUGCACCCCCGAGCUGCCAAGGGGGGGAUUGAGGAGCACCGGGAUGGAGGAGAGAGCUGCGACCCGCGGGCUGGAGGUGGUCUGUGCCUGUAGGAGUGAGACAGCAGGAGCCGUGGCAUGCUCAGGAGAGCGGGACCGUCCCUGCGUCACUUCUUGCUGGAGAGGAACAGCAGUGCUGGACGUAGCUCGUGCUCCAGAGAGGCAAAAAUGUCGAGGCCAGUGCAAGCUCGGAGGCUGGAGGGAAUAGAUAAAAAUAUCUGGGUGGAGUUUGCAAAGCUGACUGCUGCCUACUCCAAGGUGAACCUGGGCCUGGGCUUCCCGGACUUCCCUGCACCAGACUUUCUGACAGAGGCGAUGACGAGAGCCCUCAAUGGGGGGAACCACAUGCUGCACCAGUACACCCGGCCCUUUGGCCACCUGCCUCUGGUAAAGGUCCUAGCCCAGCUUUUUGAGAAGCUGCUUGGACGAGAUGUGGAUCCUAUGACCAAUGUGAUGGUGACUGUGGGGGCAUACCAGGCCUUGUUCUGCUGCUUCCAGGCUUUUGUGGAUGAAGGUGAUGAGGUGAUAGUCAUUGAACCCUUCUUUGACUGCUAUGAGGCGAUGGUGAAAAUGGCUGGCGGGACACCUGUGUUUGUCCCUCUGAGACCGAAUCCUCCAAAAGAUGGAAAAUUGAUGUCUAGUGCAGACUGGCAGCUGGACCCAGCUGAACUGGCUUCUAAAUUCAGCAAACGGACAAAAGCCAUCAUCCUGAACUCACCCAACAACCCUCUGGGCAAGGUGUUCAGCCGCGGGGAGCUGGGGCUGAUUGCAGAGCUGUGUGUGAAGCACGACGUGCUGUGCAUCAGCGACGAGGUGUACGAGUGGCUGGUCUACGACGGGAAGCAGCACAUCCGCAUGGCCAGCUUGCAAGGGAUGUGGGACCGCACGGUGACCAUCGGGAGCGCUGGGAAAACCUUCAGUGCCACUGGAUGGAAGGUGGGCUGGGCUGUGGGACCCGACAGGCUGCUGCAGCACCUCCGUACUGUGCACCAGAACUCGGUGUACCUCUGUGCCACAAUUACCCAGGAGGCAGUGGCUCAGGGUUUCCAGAGGGAGCUCACGCUCUAUGGAAAACCAGAGAGCUACUUUGUCCAGCUGCCCAAGGAGCUGCAGCAAAAGAGAGACUGGCUGGUUCAGAGCCUGGAUGCUGUGGGGAUGAAACCCAUCAUCCCUGAGGGCACCUACUUCCUGGUGGCAGACAUCUCCCAGUUCAAAUCUGAUGUCCCCGAUGCCCCCAACUCAGAUGAGCCCUACGACUACAGAUUUACAAAGUGGAUGGUCAAGAACAAGGGGCUUGCUGCCAUCCCGCUCUCAAAUUUCUACAGUGAGGCCCACAAGAACAACUGCAGCAACUUCAUCCGGUUCUGCUUUGCAAAGGAGGAAGCUACACUGAAGGCAGCAAAUGACAUAUUGGAAAAAUGGAAACAGGAGAAAACCAGCUCCUGAAUACACUGAGAGAACCAGGCUCUCCUUGGGCCUCACCUACCCCAACUGCUCUUCUUCUUCACUUGUCUACAAACUUCGAUAUGUUCUUACUUCAGUGCUUUCAAAGGCAUUUUCUGUCAGACAAAUGGGUAAGAGGACAUGUUCAGUCACUUUGAAGUGAUUUCAAGAAGUGAGACUUUGUGUGCACUGAUGGUAUUUGACAUUUCUCACAUGUAAAAACUUUACUAAUCAGUUCUGGGAUGCAUCCAGCAACACACAAGAUGAGGAUGGCUCCUGGGGUCUGUCUCACCACCAAAUUCUGAGAAGGUGUUUCAGGACCUGCCUUUAAGGCUGUGCUGGAGGGUUAGUGUGGCUUGUCUUGCUCCACAUCCCCACUCAGGGCAGCACUUCCACUGGCCCUCAUGUCCCACAGGACCAGACACUAUCACCAGCCAGCAGUAGGGUGACUCCUAUGAUCUGAUGAUUAUAAACCCAGUGAAAUGCCAUUUCCCAUCAUAAACUCUUUUCCCACUGUUUUUUUUUUCUGUGCCUCUCUUGGGAAGAUGAGCACACAGUUGGUUUUCCCCCAGGAAUCAGGCUUUCACCAGUAGCCUGGCUAUUGUCAAACCUUCCAAAUUACUCCUGGCACUUUCUCAGGAAAGCGCCAUCCAGGCUGCAGAGCAAAACCAUCUGGCCUUUGACAAGUGUACACAGUGGCAGGAGAGGAUGGGCACCAUGGCCUUGGCUGCUCCUUCUGCUGGUGGGCACCACAACCUCCGACUCAGUGAGCUGGUGGGGUUAAAUGAGCAAUUCUGGAGAGAUAAUUGUUACGUAAGUGUCAAUUUCAGCCUAGAUAGGAGCGUAAAAUGUGCGACAGAUUGUGCAAUGAGUGUUUGUAGCAGUUACAUUAAAAUGGAAUUACUGCAAUCGUGGAA